ACAUUGUGUACAUGGGAGACCUUCCAAAGAAUGAUUUCUCCGUGGCUUCCCUCCACACUAACAUUCUACAAGAAGUUACUGGCAGCCGGGCAUCAAAAUCUUUACUUUGGAGCUACAAGAGGAGCUUUAAUGGCUUCGUCGCCAGACUGACCGAAGAUGAGAAAAACAAACUAGCUCAAAUGGAGGGAGUGGUGUCAGUAUUCCCAAGCCAAAAAAAGCAACUACAUACAACAAGAUCAUGGGACUUUAUGGGCUUUCCUCAAGAUGUCAAAAGAGCUCCACUAGAAAGCGACGUCAUCGUCGGUAUGCUAGACACUGGCGUCUGGCCCGAAUCCGACAGCUUCAAGGACGACGGAUUCGGUCCUCCACCAACCAGAUGGAAGGGAUCAUGCACUUCCACCAAUUUCACCUGCAACAACAAACUCAUUGGAGCGAAAUACUACAACGCGGAGGGUGAAGCCAGAGGCGAAAAGCUAUCAGCAAGAGACACUGAGGGCCAUGGCACACACACUGCAUCCACUGUAGCUGGACGUGCGGUUAACAACGCAAGCAUGUUAGGUUUAGCUAAGGGGACGGCUAGAGGAGGUGUUCCAUCGGCUCGUAUAGCCGUUUACAAGAUCUGUUUUCCGGAUGUGGAUUGUUCAGAUGCCGAUAUCUUGGCGGCUUUUGACGAUGCAAUUGCUGAUGGAGUGGAUAUCAUUUCACUUUCAGUUGGAGGAUCUAGACCUUUAAAUUAUUUUGAAGAUUCUAUUGCCAUUGGUGCUUUCCAUGCUAUGAAGAAUGGGAUUCUUACAUCCAAUUCCGCUGGAAAUGAUGGGCCUACACCAGGAUCGAUUUCUAAUCUGUCACCUUGGUCGUUAUCGGUUGCGGCCAGCAGUAUUGACCGAAAGAUUCUAACUAAGAUUGUGUUGGGCAACAAUAAGAUUUACGAGGGACCUACGGUAAACACAUUCGAUGGUGCGAUUCAUCCGAUAGUUUAUGGUGCUUCAGUGCCUAAUAAGAAGAAAGGAUUUACAUCAGAUGAUUCUAGAUAUUGCGCGCUAAAUUCACUAGACCCCGCUUUGGUACAAAAUAAAAUUGUCGUAUGCGAGAGUUUUGAUGGACCUGAUAGUGCGAAACUAUCAGGUGCAAGUGGUGUUGUGGUCGAAGGUGACCUUGGGUAUGAAGAUACUGCCUUUAGUUUCUCUCUACCAACAACAUAUUUAAGUAGCAAAGAUGGUGAUGCUAUUCUAAGUUACAUAAACUCUAGCACAAAACCAACUGCAAACAUCCUAAAAAGUCACGAACCUUUCGACAAAGCGGCCCCAACUGUGGUUUCCUUCUCGUCAAGAGGCCCGAAUCAAAUCACACUAGAUGUCCUCAAGCCUGAUUUAACCGCACCUGGAGUGGACAUUUUAGCGGCAUGGUCAGAGGGUACAACCGUCACUGGGGAAGAGGUAGACACACGUGUUGUCCCGUUUAAUAUUAUCUCUGGGACAUCCAUGUCUUGCCCUCACGCUUCUGGAGCCGCUGCUUACGUUAAAUCAUUCCACCCGACUUGGUCUCCCGCUGCCAUAAAGUCAGCCCUUAUGACUACAGCUGCACCAAUGAGUCCAACUAAAAAUACUGAUGCUGAAUUUGCUUACGGCUCUGGCCAUAUUGAUCCGUCAAAGGCCGUUGACCCAGGUUUGGUCUAUGACGCCGGGGAACAAGAUUACGUGUCAUUUUUAUGUGGGCAAGGUUAUAACACUACCGCUUUAAAAAUAGUUACUGGUGAUGCAAGCGCUUGUUCGACGGCCCCUAAUGCAACUGUAUGGGACCUAAACUAUCCAUCUUUUGCUCUCUCGGCUCACAAAUCGGGUAGCAUCAGGCGAACAUUCAAGAGGACGGUUACUAAUGUGGGUGCAGCGGAUUCUUCUUACCAUGCUAACGUGGUUGCACCGUCGGGGCUGGUGGUGAAGGUUAACCCGAGCCAUCUUGCGUUUAAAGCAGUGGGGGAAAAACAAUCCUUUGUUGUAACUGUUGACGCGACAAUAGGAUCGAAUAUGCUUUCGGGUUCGUUGGUUUGGAGUGAUGGAGUUCACAAGGUUACCAGUCCGAUAGUUGCAUUUCAUACUUGAAAUACAUUUUAACUCAAUUUUUUCUUUUGUUCAAUUACUUUUCUAUAGUUGCCAUUAGGUAAACUGGUUGUAUUUUUUUUAUUCAAAUUCAAGAAUCCUGAUGUUGUAUUGUAAGACCGCACCUGAAUAAAAAGAGCCUUAUUGUUCUUUGUAA